AUGACGUCGCGGAUGGCCAGGCAUUCGCUGCUGCUGUUCGUCAUGACCGCCAUUGUGACUAAUUUGUGCAUGCUAGUACUGUUUGACAUGGUAACAAGCAAUUUGGUGGCUUCAGCUGAUAUUAAACACCUUGGAAUGGAUGAAGGAAUUGAUGAAGACGAAGACGAGGACGAGGACUGGGAUUUCAUGGAUGAUGACGCUGUUUUUGGGCUUGUAGAGCAGCAAAAGCACGGUAAUACAGCCAUUAUUGAAGUGGAAAACUGCGUGGAUUUAUUGCCACCAGAGCGUGUGAAUGAUAAUUACUGCGACUGUAAAGACGGGAGUGACGAGCUCAACACGUCGGCGUGUUCUUAUGUGCUGCUGAGCUCAGAGAGAUCCCCACUUGGUCGACAAAUGAAAUGCAAAGCAGAUGACAAGAUGGUGUCGCUGAUCUUUAUAGACGACAGAGUGUGUGACUGCUGUGAUGGCAGUGAUGAAGUUGAGGGAAUGUGUGUUGACACAUGCGAGACGGAAUGGCAGAGGAGAUUAAAGGAGCUUCAAGAGAGACUGAAGGUGGUGCAAAAUGGACAGAAAAAUCGUAAAGCGUACUUGGCUGAUGCUGUGGCCAAGGUGGAGCAGCUGAAGGAAAAUUUUGAGCGUCUUGUUGAAGCUUACAAGGCUGAUCAUUAUGCGUUCGAAGACUUGCAACGUCGGGAGCAACAUGAUCCAGAGCUAAGGGGACAAUUGGAGCAGUCAUACAAUGUGCUGCGCAUUAAGCAAAAUAUGGCAUAUAUACAGAGCCGCGUCGUUGAUCCGGGGACUUUCUCGGAUGCAAACUGGAAACUUGCUUUUGUGGAGCUUGUGGGCCAGUGUUUCUCGUACAUGGUGAACGAGAAGGAGCUGAAAGGAGGUACCCCGAACGUGAUCCCUCGCAUCUAUGAGAUGGUACUGUGCCCAUUUCAGAACAUAUCACAGGCUGAACCAUCGUAUCCUCAGUGGGCGAAAGAGGAACGUCAAACCAAGGGCGGAAUUACUGUGACGGAUGAAAACGAAGAGAAAGAAGAGAUCCCACGCCCCAUCGGGCUGGGUAUCUGGAACGGAUGGCAAGAACCAGUCAGCUUUGCACGUGUACAGAGCUAUAAUUAUGGUGAGCCUUGUGCAAAUGGACAGGAGCGUCAGACACGGGUGAAGCUCUUAUGCAGUACAAGGAACCGUGUGGUGUCCGUAGAGGAGCGUGAAAUGUGUGAGUAUGAGAUUCAAUUCGAGACCCCUGCUGCGUGUGAUGGAAAGGAAGAAAAGGAAUUGCUGGAUGCAAUUGAUCAGGUUAAGCACUUUAUUAGUAAAAGGCAGCAGCAGAAUGAAGCAAAGAUUGAACAGAAUGAAGGCCAUGAGGAGCUGUAG